AUUCCUCAAGAAGCUAAAAAAAGGUAAAAAAAAAGAUAAUUCAGAGCCGCCUUAUUACAUGAUAAUCAAUCCAGCUGCUGUAGUGUCCUAGUAGAAAUCGAAUUGUGUUUCUUUCUCUUUUGUCUGAGACUAGGGUUUCAUUUUAAACGUCUCUGCUGAUUCUUAUUCCAAGUAACAAAGUUUAGUAAAGUUUCUUUGAGUUGCAGAAGAGUGUAAACAUUAAUGGGGUUGGUUGAAAAAAAUGGAGUGACUUUUAGCAGUUUAUAGAGAAAUUCAAUCUAAAUAUCUUCUGGGUUGCUUUUAAAUUUAUUGAAUUUCUAUAAAUUUUGGUAGCUGAGGGACUGCUGAUUAGUGGUUAGAGAUUGGGUUCAAUGUUAAAGCUUCUGUUUCUAGUUAGGGUUUUGGUUUUUAGGAUGUAGGAGCAACCAAAAUUGAAGGUAUUAGAAGAAUCAGAGUUUGAGAUCCGUAGAGUUGAAGGAAAUAUGCCGGUUGAUUUAGAGAAUUCGUCUGCUAUGAGUGUUUCUACAGUUUCUGGAGAAGCUAGUGUUUCUUCAUCUGGGAAUCAAACAGGAGUCGCACCAGCUUCAACGGUUGUAAAGAAAAAGAGAAAUCUCCCUGGCAUGCCUGAUCCAAAUGCAGAGGUACUUGCUUUAUCACCAAAAACACUAAUGGCCACAAACAGAUUUGUAUGUGAGAUCUGUAAUAAAGGUUUCCAACGUGAUCAAAAUCUACAACUACAUCGACGAGGUCAUAAUCUACCAUGGAAACUUCGACAAAGAACAAAUAAAGAGAUACGGAAACGUGUUUAUGUCUGUCCUGAACCUUCUUGUGUUCAUCAUGAUCCAACUAGAGCAUUAGGUGAUCUUACUGGAAUUAAGAAACAUUUCUGUCGGAAACAUGGGGAGAAGAAGUAUAAAUGUGAUAAGUGUUCCAAGAAAUAUGCUGUUCAAUCUGAUUGGAAAGCUCAUCAAAAAACUUGUGGUACUAAAGAGUAUAAGUGUGCUUGUGGAACCCUUUUCUCCAGGAGGGAUAGUUUCAUAACACACAGAGCUUUUUGUGAUGCCUUAGCUGAGGAGGCUGCUAAAGUUCAUACAAUUCUUCCCAAUUCUAAACCUGAAGAAGUGGUUUCAAUUUCAUUUGUAAAGCCUAAAGCGGUUGUUUCAUCACCACCACCACCUCUAUCACCUCUUCCGCUUACUCCUCCUCCCCCACCUCCUCCUCCAGCAAUGGAUGUGUUACCAGAGUAUGAUCAAAUCCCAGAGCUACCAAAGAAGUCUACUGGAAUCCUGCAACAAAUUCCUCCGUCGACAUGUGUUAAUGGAAGUACUAGCAGUAGUAGCUCAUCCAGUAAUCUUAGUCGCAGUAACGGUUUGUUUGAGAGUAUCUUUUCAUCUUCGACAAUGGCUGGUCUGCAACCCCAAACUUCUGCAUUUUCUAAUAUAAUUUGUGGGAUGUCACACUCGGACCGUCCGAGUAAUGUUGCAACAGCUUCAGGUGCAGAACCAACAUCCCUCUGUCUGGCAACGAAUGGCGGGUCGACAUUAUUUGCGCCUCUCGGGCAAGAUCGUCACCAGUAUGCUCCAUCUCCACAACCAACAAUGUCUGCCACUGCUUUACUUCAAAAGGCAGCACAAAUGGGUGCUGCUGCCACUAAUGCAUCCUUGUUGCGUGGGUUUGGGAUAUCAAAUUCAUCUACUGGGUGUGAGCAAGAAGCUCUAAAUUGGAGUCAUCCGAUCGAUAAUGAGCCUGGUCCUCCAGCAUCUGGUCUUGGGAUAAGUCAUCCAUGUGAUGGGGGAGGUUUUCCAUGCGAUGGGGCAUCCAGUUUAACCGAACUUAUGAUGGGUCCAUCGUCGCUAUUUGGGCAGAGACCUACAACUCUUGAUCUUCUUGGGUUGGGACUAGGUGUGGGUGGUGGUGGUGCCUCUAAAGGUGGACUUUCCGCUUUAAUUACAUCAAUUGGUGGUGGUGGUGGUGGUUUUGACAUGGCAACUGCAGCAUUUGGAGGUGGGAAUUUGUUAGAGAGGGCAUGGGAGACGGACGACAGGAAGACUAAUACCUCCUCCGCUGCAUUGCCAUAGAGAUUUACAGUGUCUAGGGUGUACUUUGUGCAAAGGAAGACUGAUGCGUCUGCAUCAAAUUGGAGAUAUGAAAGGUCACAAAUUUUGUUUGUUCUUGAAGUUCAUUGUAUGACCAAAGGAUUUCGGUAGCUAAAAGAGAGGUCUGGUUUGUAAUGAUGUACAGGUGUUGGCCUUAUUUUCUCUAGUUGUAAACAAAUAGAUAUGCAAAAGAUAUUUCAAGCAGCGUUUGUGCCUGAUUUUGGAGCUGUUCAUUUUUUUUCACCCCAAGGUAUGCAGUGCAGGGGUUCAUGGUGAUUUAAGCUCAAUUUUGAACAAUGCUGCUGUUCAGAACAAAUGCUUCAGUAACCAGAGGGUAAUGAGGCAUUCAAACGGAUAUUGGCGCACGACAUAGCGUAGUAAUUACGACCCCACACCCGUAUGAACACGAUUGGUUGUUCUCUGCCAUCAGUAUCUCUAUCUGGAUCCAAAUGUCUUCUUGCUCUUCACCAUAUUUGGUGAUCAAGAUGUAAAAGGAUAGGUACAUUCCACCUACAUUAUUAUUAAAGCAUAUCUGCAUCACCAUGCAUGUCUUUCAUAUUUAAAAUGAAACAGUUGAACGGGUCCAUCAAAACCUAAAAGAAGACAGGUUCAAAGCACCA